GAGGUGAAAUUCGCUACGGCUUGGGCCAGAGUGUGCGGCGUUUAUUAUGAUGUUAUCAAGUGUUAUAUAAUUAAAACCAAAUAAUUGUGGAAAUGUGCGCUGUCAUUUAGCAGGCAUCCUAGCAUACGAUUUUUUAGUUCCGAGCUAGUCAACACUGUGUAAAGGCAACACUUGUAAUAUUACAUUUAUUGUAAUGGACAAGGCUCGUCAGUUUGUACACAAAAACUUGGUUAUGAUAGUAGGCAUACCAUCUUUGAUUGGACUUCAUAUGGGAUGGACCUGGAUUCAAAAUCAAGAUAUGUUUGUGCCAAAGGAGCAGAGGAAGGAUCUGCCUCUCAUCAUUGGAGCUAAGAACAUUGAACAGGCUGUUUUGGAGAAAGUUGACUCCAUGAGGAAAGAAUAGGCCUGCUGUAUUGGGUGAUGCAUAAGUGAAUAUGAGUGGAGUGACCCGUGAGCAAGUGGCGCCCAGGCCAGUGUCCUGUGUUUCCCUGAAUGAUGUGGAAGUGGUGGCCGGUUUCUCGUCGCUGGAGUCGCUGCUGCGGCGCGGUCUGGGCGGCGGUGGCGGCUCGGCGGUCAGCUCGGAGACGGGUCUGCUGACAGUGACGGCCAGCUCGGAGCGGCUGCUGGCCGCGCUGCCGGCGCCGCGGCCGCCCCUGGCGCUGCUCACCGCCGCCGUCCGGCACCAGACCGACGUCUGGAAGGACGGCGGACUGGCGACCGGUGCCCUGCUGGCCGGCCUGCUGGCGCGGCUGCUGCGGGCCAGCGGCCCGCGGCACCGGGUGCGUGCCGCGCUGCGGGAGGUGGCUGCGGAGUGCCGCCGGCUGGCCGCCGCCCAGCAGCUGCGGCUGCAGCUGGAGGUGCCGCAGCUGCUGGCCGUGGUCGACACCGUGCUGCGCUCCAAGCGUCUGCUGGCACUGACGGCCGCCGAGCGGCGCCACCUGUCGCUCCAGCUGCUGCGCGCCUUCCUGCUGGUGGUGCCCGCCGAGCCGGUCGGCGACCGCGCCGCGCUCGGCCACGUGCACGUGCAGCUAGUACCGAGCGGUGAGCUGCUGGACUCGGCGCCCGUGCCGGCGCUGCUGGUCCCCGAGCCGGCUCUGGACGACUACCCUCCUGCCGCGGGGCGCGGCCGGCGCCGCUGCCUGCUGUUCACACCACACCUGGGCGAGCACGGCGAGGAGGCGCUGGAUGGAAUGGAGAUGAGCCUUUCCGCCGAGAUGUCCACCCGACCUCUGUCUGCUGAGCGCUGGCAGGCGGCGCUGAUGCGGCUACCGCUGCGCUCCGGAGACGUAAUCGCAUGUCAGCGCACAGUUCCUUUAUCACUUCGUCGAGCGCUGGCCGGUCGUGGCGUCACUGUACUGGAGCGUCUGGGUUCCCGGGGCGCCUCUCUGCUGACACGCCUGAGCGGCGCCCGUCCAUUAGCCGGCGUCAGUCUUCUGUCGGAGGUGGCCGCCGAACUUUCCGCCGAAGACGGAGGACCUGCCGAGCUGGUGGGCCGUCUGCACGCGGUGGUCGUUCGGACGCUGGGCGGCCGGCCGUACGCGGAGCUGCGCCGCGCUGACUCGCCCGUGGUGACCCUGCUGGUGCACUGUGCCCACCCGGAGCCGCUCAGGGACGAACUGGAGAGGCAGCUGGAGUCGGCUCUGUUCGCCCUCUGCUGUCUACUUGGUGAGCCCGCGGUGGUGCCCGGCGGCGGCUGUCUGGAGGUGGUGCUGCUCGGCCAACUCGCUCAGCUCGCCGCUGGCCAGGACCGCGUCACCCGCGCCGUCACGGACGCCCUCUGCGACACGCUGCGACAGAACGCGCUGGCCAUCGCCGGCAGUCCGCUCCUCUACCGGGACGACUCGUACGGCCACGGCUGGCGGACCGAGCCAGAGACCUCCUCAGCUGCCGAUCACAGCUGUGUGUGCGGCCUGGUGAGCGGAGCAGACCUCCGCGGCCGGCUGCAGUUCAGUGAGCUCACACCGUCCUACCUGUGUGAGGGUACCGCCGGCCCGCCGGUGGCAACACCCGCCCCGCUCGACCCAGCUGAGAUCUCUGAGGAGUGUCUAGUCGACUGUGGAAGGGUCCGGCUAGGUGUGAUGGCCUCAGCGCUAGAGGCCUGCCACGCCAUCCUCGGUAUCGGGACCUGUGUGAUUGAGAAAACGUGAGCCGCCAACGGGUCGAAUGUGUGAUGUGUGAAAAAGCCUGCCUGUAGUCUGCACGUAUGAUUUGUGGUCUGCUUAGUGAUAUGAUUUAUUGUCUUAGUCCGUGAUAUUGGCUAAUAAAUUAUUAUUCGCCUCUUGA